CGUCGUUUUAAAAUUGCACGGAAUCAAUCAUCCCUUCGCCUUUCGUCACUUUCUGUGCUCCUCCAAGUCCAACGAUGGCGGAUGAACAUCCCAGGGACGAGGCUUAUCUCUCAGCCGUCAUCGAGAAGCGUAUCAGGCUCUUCGAGGAGUUCCAAGCGAAGCAGCUCGCGGAGAUUCAGUCUCGGCCACACGAUCCUAUCAAGGUUACAAUUCGAGAUGGUGGAAACGUGAAAGAAGGGAAGAGAUGGGAGACGACUCCAGCAGAAAUCGCGAGGCAAAUUUCUGUGGAAUUGGCAAACUCAGCGCUGAUUUCUUCGGUAAACGAUGUCCUCUGGGACAUGAAUAGGCCACUGGAAGCUGAUUGUUCGCUUGAGUUUUUCAGUUUUGACAGCGACAAAGGCCGUGAUACUUUCUGGCGUUCUAGCGCUCACAUUCUCGCCCAGGUUCUCGAACAGGAGUAUGGUUGUAAGCUGUGCAUUGGACCCUGCAAAGCUAGAGAUGAGGGUUUCUUCUACGAUGCAUUCUAUGGCGAUCUGGGCUUAAACGAGCAACACUUUCCCGACACUGAAGCAGGGGAUGCUCGAGAGGGACAUCCAUUUGAAAGGAUUGAAGUGACCAGGGGUCAGGCACUUGAGAUGUUUCCUGAUGAUAAUACUUUUAAGGUUGAACUCCUCACCGAGGACAAAACCACCGUCUACAGGUGUGGUCCUUUGGUUGAUCUGUGUAGUGGACCACAUAUACCAAAUACUUCCUUUGUGAAAGCUUUCAAGUGUUUGAAUUUGCUUUCGGUGCUAUUAGGCCACCAUCACCAACUUUUCUUUUGUCACCCACUCAGCCCUGGGAGUUGGUUCUUCGAGAAACAUGGCACUCGCGUAUAUAAUAAGCUGAUGCAUUUCAUCGGGAAUGAAUAUCGGAAAAGGGGCUACGAAGAGGUUAUUUCACCAAAUAUUUACAACAUGAAACUCUGGGAAACAUCCGGACAUGCUGCAAACUACAAGGAAAAUAUGUACACGUUUGAUAUUGAUAAACAAGAGUUCGGGCUCAAACCUAUGAACUGCCCUGGUCACUGCUUGAUGUUCCAACACAGGCUUCGCUCGUAUAAAGAAUUACCCAUUAGACUUGCCGACUUUGGAGUGUUACAUCGAAAUGAGGCAAGUGAAGCUCUUAGUGGCUUGACCCAUACCCGACGGUUCCAGCAGGAUGAUGCACACAUAUUCUGUACAAAGGAUCAGGUUAGUAGAGAAUUGAAACGUGCAUUGGAAUUCGUUGACUAUGUUUACACAAAAUUUGGGUUUACCUAUGAGCUAAAGCUCUCAACGAGACCAGAGAAGUACCUUGGAGACUUAACAACAUGGGAUAGAGCUGAAAGGGACCUUGAAGAAGCACUAGAAGGUUUUGGAAAGCCAUUCCUUGUGAACAGAGGAGCCGGGGAAUUUUAUGGCCCGAAGAUAGACAUAACAGUAUCUGAUGCAAUGAAAAGCUACGUCCAGUGCGCUACUUUGCAACUUGAUUUUCAACUUCCUGCCCUCUUCGAGCUGGAAUACACAGCUAUGGCUGAAGGGAAUUCGGAUACACCUGUGAUGAUACAUAGAGCGGUGUUAGGAUCUGUUGAGCGUAUGUUUACCACAUUGGUGGAGCAUUACAAAGGAAAAUGGCCCUUCUGGCUUAGUCCGCGCCAGGCCAUAGUCUGCUCACUGUCAAAGGAUUCUCAUGAAUACGCUGAAAGGGUGAGAGAACAAAUUCAUGAAGCUGGGUACUAUGUUGAUGUUGACAUAACAGACAGAAACAUCAGCAAGAAGGUGCGAGAAGCUCAGGUUGCGCAGUACAACUACAUACUGGUUGUGGGUGCUGAAGAAACUACAACGGGACAUGUGACUGUUCGGCGAAGAAACGAAGACCUUUCAGAGUUCCCAGUGCUGAGCGUCGAGAAUCUGCUGGAUGAAUUCAAACUCAAGACGGCCAACUUUCUCUGAGAACCAGAGACGGCAACAGAGUCAGUUUCCAUAGUUGGAGGGAAACCAGCGCGGGUUAAAACCCAUAUGUAUGAAAACAAAUUUCGAGUUCAUUUUCAUUUGAAAAAAAUUGUGUGUUUUGUUA